UCGGGCGGCCCGGACGCCGGCGGGGCGACCGAGGCUUCUGUGAGAGGGCGCUCGAGGCUGCUCGAGGCUGCUGAGGAGCAAGCCCGCAGAGGAGGCGGGGAGGCGGUGGCCGCGCUCGUUCGCUUCCAGGCGCCGCCAAGGGUCCGCCGCUGCGCCUUCGGCCGGUGUGCAGUUCGGUGUCUCUCAGCAGUAGUAGCCGCCGUCCGUCCGGAUCCGGGUUGCUGUCCUGAGUCUCCUGCUCCCACUGACCCCGCGCGCGGGAUAACCGGCGCCACCCACACCUGUGGAUCGGCCGUCCUCGCGGGUGUCCGCCGACCAGCGUGCAAGGCGCAUCCCUUCAGCCCGGCUCCACGGGGAGAAUGGGGCUCCCGGCGCUCGAGUUCAGCGACUGCUGCCUCGACAGCCCUCACUUCCGAGAGACGCUCAAGUCCCACGAAGCGGAGCUGGACAAGACCAACAAAUUCAUCAAGGAACUCAUCAAGGACGGGAAGUCGCUCAUCAGCGCGCUCAAGAAUUUAUCUUCAGCAAAGCGGAAGUUUGCAGAUUCCUUAAAUGAAUUUAAAUUUCAGUGUAUAGGAGAUGCAGAAACAGAUGACGAGAUGUGUAUAGCGAGAUCUUUGCAAGAAUUUGCCACUGUUCUCAGGAAUCUUGAAGAUGAACGGAGUCGAAUGAUUGAGAAUGCCAGUGAGGUGCUCAUCACACCCUUGGAGAAGUUUCGCAAGGAGCAGAUCGGGGCUGCCAGGGAAGCCAAAAAGAAGUAUGACAAAGAGACAGAGAAGUAUUGUGGCACCUUAGAAAAGCAUCUGAAUUUGUCUUCCAAAAAGAAGGAAUCCCAGCUACAGGAGGCAGACAGCCAAGUGGACCUGGUUCGACAACAUUUCUACGAAGUGUCCCUGGAGUAUGUCUUUAAGGUGCAGGAAGUGCAAGAGAGAAAGAUGUUUGAGUUUGUAGAGCCUCUACUGGCCUUCCUGCAAGGACUCUUCACUUUCUACCACCAUGGUUAUGAGCUGGCCAAGGAUUUUGGUGACUUUAAGACACAGUUGACCAUCAGCAUACAAAAUACAAGAAACCGCUUUGAAGGAACCAGGUCUGAAGUGGAAUCUCUGAUGAAGAAGAUGAAGGAAAACCCCCUUGAACACAAGACCAUCAGCCCGUACACCAUGGAAGGGUACCUGUAUGUGCAGGAGAAACGUCACUUUGGAACUUCCUGGGUGAAGCACUACUGUACAUACCAACGGGAUUCCAAGCAAAUCACCAUGGUUCCGUUUGACCAAAAGUCAGGAGGAAAGGGGGGAGAAGACGAGUCUGUCACCCUCAAAUCCUGCACACGGCGAAAGACAGACUCCAUCGAGAAGAGAUUCUGCUUUGAUGUGGAAGCGGUGGACAGGCCAGGGGUUAUCACCAUGCAGGCGUUGUCGGAAGAGGACCGUAGGCUCUGGAUGGAAGCCAUGGACGGCCGGGAACCUGUCUACAACUCGAACAAAGACAGCCAGAGUGAAGGGACCGCACAGUUGGACAGCAUCGGUUUCAGCAUAAUAAGGAAAUGCAUCCAUGCGGUGGAAACCAGAGGGAUCAAUGAACAGGGACUCUACCGAAUCGUGGGGGUCAACUCCAGAGUGCAGAAGUUGCUGAGUGUCCUGAUGGACCCCAAAGCAGCGUCUGAGACAGAAACUGACAUCUGUGCUGAAUGGGAGAUAAAGACCGUCACUAGUGCUCUGAAGACCUACCUGAGAAUGCUUCCAGGACCGCUCAUGAUGUACCAGUUUCAAAGAAGUUUCAUCAAGGCUGCAAAGCUGGAAAACCAAGAGACUCGCGUCUCUGAGAUCCAUAGCCUUGUUCAUCGGCUCCCAGAGAAGAAUCGGCAGAUGUUGCAGCUGCUCAUGAACCACCUGGCAAAUGUUGCUAACAACCACAAGCAGAAUCUGAUGACUGUGGCAAACCUUGGUGUGGUGUUUGGACCCACCUUGCUGCGACCUCAGGAAGAAACCGUGGCAGCCAUCAUGGACAUCAAGUUUCAGAACAUUGUCAUCGAGAUCUUAAUAGAGAACCAUGAGAAGAUAUUCAACACGGUGCCUGAUGUGCCCCUCACCAACGCCCAACUACAUCUGUCCCGGAAGAAAAGCAGCGACUCCAAGCCCCCAUCCUGCAGUGAGAGGCCCCUGACACUCUUCCAUGCCGUGCCGUCCACAGAAAAACAGGAGCAAAGGAAUAGCAUCAUCAACUCCAGUUUGGAAUCAGUCUCCUCGAGUGCGAACAGCAUCCUUAAUUCUAGCAGCAGCCUGCAGCCCAACAUGAACUCCAGCGACCCAAGCCUGGAUGUGGUCAAACCUACUCGGCCCAAUUCACUCCCCCCGAAUCCAAGCCCAACUUCACCCCUCUCGCCAUCAUGGCCCAUGUUCUCGGCGCCAUCCAGCCCUAUGCCCACCUCAUCCACGUCCAGCGACUCAUCCCCCAUCAGCACACCGUUCCGGAAGGCAAAGGCUUUGUACGCCUGCAAAGCUGAGCACGACUCGGAGCUCUCCUUCACGGCAGGCACCGUCUUCGAUAAUGUUCACCCGUCUCAGGAGCCUGGCUGGUUGGAGGGGACUCUGAAUGGAAAGACUGGCCUCAUCCCAGAGAACUACGUGGAGUUCCUCUAACCUCCAGCCCCAGUGGAGCUGCUGAGCUUUACGUGGUCUCCAUGACAACACUGCUUCUGGUGUUGUGGGCCACUUUUCAUUGCCACUGAGGAAGCAGGGAGCCUGACUGUUGUUUCCUGCCAAAAAACGAAUGCAUCUGGGAACGUGUGCCACCAUCCUCCGCGAUCAUCUCAGCUUACAGCACAGCGAUGCUGCGAGAACUGCACGUCAAUGAGCAGAGGAGGCCAUUUGAUUUUGAUAACCCAGAGGAGGCUCGAGAAGCUGUCUUCUCCUGAGUGCCCUAAAUAGAGAGCCCUGAUUUCAUCUCAACAGUCAUCCAAACCCCAGCCUUCUGGGAAGAGGAAGCAGGGGAGAAUAGUGCUAAAGAGAGUGCAGCACUGCUGAGUUGCAUGAGGCAGGGGAAGAGACAAGGUGCAGGCUGCCUCUACUGCUGCCUCUUCUGCUGUAGCAGACACUUUCUCUCCUUCCUUCUCCCAGGGACAGGGUGCUGCAGGCAGCUGGGCCUGUCUGCAAGUGCACAGGAUGAAGGGGUCACCACACUGUUUAUAUGUGAUCCAGUCACUCAGCAUCUCUUGAGCAGCUGUUGGCCUGUAAUCAGCAGAUUUCAGUCCAGUCCUCUCGUGCAAAGAAAACACACACCCCUCACGUUCUCUGCUGCUGAAGGCUUCCAUCACUGCCAUCACCUAGUAACCAUAGCAACCCAACCUACUCUAAAACUAAGCCAAAAAUAAUACUCCUCUUUGUAUAACACCCCCUCUCCCAGCUCUGGUGGUUUUUGGUUUCUGUUUUGCUUUUUGUUUUUGGUUUUGUUUUUUGGUUUUGGUUUUUUUGUUUUGUUUUGUUUUG